AAUGAUUCACAAGGCCUCUCUCUCUUUCUCUCUCAAAUUUGAGAAGAAUUAGGUAGGAGAGGAGACUAUGAGUGAAACGAAGCAGCAGAGGAUCAAAACCAACGGGAUAUGGUUGAACAUAGCAGAGCAAGGGACCGGACCACUUGUUCUACUGCUUCAUGGCUUCCCGGAAACCUGGUUUUCUUGGCGCCACCAGAUAACCCACUUGGCUAGCCAGGGGUAUCAUGUGGUGGCACCUGAUUUGAGAGGCUACGGCGGCUCCGACUCCCCAAUCAGCCCCAGCUCCUACACUUGUAUGCAUAUUGUUGGUGAUCUCAUUGGCCUGCUUGACCAUUAUAGUGAACACCAGGCAUUUGUGGUGGGAACUGACUGGGGAGCUAUUGCUGGAUGGCAUAUGAGCCUGUUCAGGCCGGAUAGAGUGAAGGGACUAGUCGCUUUUAAUGUUCCAUACUUUCCAAGAUCUGCAAAUGCUAAACCUAUUGAAUCUAUCAGACUAAUGUUUGGAGAAGGAAGCUAUGUCUUGCAAUUCCAGGAACCAGGAAGAGCAGAGAGGGCAUUUGCAAGGUAUGAUUAUUUGACAGUGAUGAAGAAGUUCUUGCUUAUAAAGAAGACAAAUAAUUUGGUAGCUCCUCCGGGCAUGGAGAUCAUUGAUUAUCUGGAAACUCCAUCGAUUUUGCCACCAUGGAUUACUGAAGAGGAGCUCCAGGUCUAUGCAGACACGUUUCUGGAGUCUGGUUUCACUGGCCCCCUCAACUACUACCGUGCCAUGGACUUGAAUUGGGAGUAUCUUGCACCAUGGCAAGGAUCAAAAAUUACCGUUCCUACAAAGUUCAUUGUUGGUGACAAAGAUAUUGGUUUUGAAACUAAUGGCACGCAGGAAUAUGUGGAAGGAGAUGUUUUCAGGGGCCUUGUCCCCAACCUCGAGGUUGUUAUUCUAGAUGGUCACCAUUUCAUCCAUGAAGAGAAAGCUCAAGAUGUCUCAAAUGAAAUUCUUUCCUUCCUUCGUAAACUUUCUGUGGAUUAGUGGAUUUUUCUUUACUUUGACUUCUCUUGUUUCUUUAGUAAUUAUUUACUGUAUUAAAUCUUGAAUAAAUGAGAAAUAUUUUCAUAUA